GUGGGUUCCUUUCCGAAUAACAAACAAAUGAAACAUAGCAAUACACGGACAAAAGACUGAGAAAGACAGAAAGUUAGCUGAAUGUUCCUUGAACUGACCCAGCGAAACAAAAGCUAUUGUAGUGAGCCUUAAUAUCAUCGUAAAGACGUUUGCUUCCUGUUCCGUUUUUUCCCAGAAGCGAUUACAGUGAAGAUCACGUGAUGAUCAGGAGGCUAGGAAAGUUGCAGAGUUCAAACCUCAAUCGUCGACAUUUCGGUGUGCAUUUGUAGGAAAAGUUGGACCGAAGAUCUUUCAUUUGGCAAUGGAAAAUUCAGGCUUCUGGGAAGACGAAAUGAGUAAUUGCCCCAACUUAACCAAUAGCUCUACUGCUUCCGACAUGAGUCUUCCCGAGUCCUAUACAGCCUUUACAAUGUCCUUCUUAACCGUACUGGGAAACGGUUUAGUGGUUGUCGCAAUAGCAAAGGAUCCAUUCAGAGAAUUGAGAACCAUCCCAAACUACUUAAUCCUGAAUCUAGCGGUAUGUGACCUUAUCGUGGGCAUUCCGUGUGAGCUGUUGCUAGGCCUUCUUCAUUACUUUGCUUUGCAGGAAUACAAACACUUCCAUCUGGCUGUGUAUACUCUGGUGUAUUUCUCCAUGGUGGCGUCUGCCCUGACUAUUUUGACCCUGGCGUUUGAACGUUACAUAGUGGUAGCAGCGCCACUUCAUAGCAAAGAUUACCUCAUAUACUCUCAUCUAAAACUGGCUAUAGCCUAUAUUUGGCUCAUUGCUGCGACUGUCGCGCUGCUUUCACUGCUUAACAAAAGAAACACAACAGAAUUUCGAUUAAUCGUUACAGAUGCAAUUGGUAUUCCAACCAUGAUUUUCAUGAUUCUUUUAUACCAGCGAAUAUUUUACUUGGUCCGAAGAUGCAUUCGUCAAGAUUUCGAAGAAAGUACCGGUAGUCACGUGAGCCUGGUGCGAAAUGUGCCGCAAUUGUUUGUGGGCAUUGACAGGCGAGAAAGAGAGGUGGCUGUAUCCGUGUUCCUCUUUGUCGGUGUCUUUUUCUUGUGCUGGGCUCCCUGUUUUGUCAUGGAAAAUAUUCUUUUCUUCGGUUACGUCAACAAAGGUAAUGGCAUAGGAGAUAAGCUCAAAAGAGUCAUAGACUGGGCCAGGUUUUUAGGACUACUGAAUUCCAUGCUGAACCCCGUAAUUUAUGCAUUGAGAUACGAUAAGUUUCGGAACGCAGUGAAAGCUAUACUCUGUUCAUCAUGUUAUCCCACAUACGUGAGCCCACGGUGGUAAUGAAUAGGUCAGUUAGAACAGGAGUACGUCUCCUUUGGGACACCUGCGUUUAAAAAACAAGGACACAAAUAUUGGCUUCAAAUGAAAAAAAAAAAUGUUCCUGUAACUUUUUCGCUGAAGGAACCUCUGCUUUGGAGCACCUUUGUUCAAAACAACGGGAUGCAAAUUUUGACUCCGAAUGAAAAAAAAAAUGUUCCUGUAACUUUGAUAUUGUUGUCCUUUCGCUGAAGAAACCUCUGUUUUGGAGCACCUUUCUUCAAAACAACGGGAUGCAAAUUUUGACUCCAAGUGAAAAAAAAAAAAAAAAAAAUUUCCCGUAACCGUUGUAUUGGUGUCCUUCACUAAGGUGAAGCCUUCAUUCAGGGAAACACAUUUCCAUAUCUUGAAAGUGUCCAAUGGAUAAAGGCUCCACCAUUACUCGAUUUUCUUUGUCCAGGACCUUCAUUUUAGGUCUUGAUAUACAAACCGAACGUUUACGACUUAAUGACCUUCGUAAGUCUUCGUUGGGUUUGAUAAUGAUUAAUUUUCGAACACAUUCGGUGCGAAUUUAAAACUCAGAUAAAUUGGUAAAUGAAUUAAAUGGAUAAGAUUGAAAUGAUAGUGAUUAAGAACACACUUGUGAAAAAAUAUUUAGUGUCUUUGAAUCUUUUGCUUUAAUUUGGACUAAUAAAUAAUAGUGUUUUAUGUCACUUAAGAGUCAUACCACAGGAGUGAAACUUACUUUUUUGUCUAUUGGCAGUUUUGUCUCCAGAAUAUUGAGAUGCAAGAAUCGAACUUAUGUUUUUUUAGCAGGUUGCAGAAAAUGCAAUUUGGAAAAAAUAUUUCAGAGUUGAUAUGUUGAGGGGGGAGGGGGAUGGGGCUAGAGUACCUGACUCGCUCCAGACUCACUCCUACUCACCUCUUCGCGUGUUUUUAAGCCUUUGACCCCUUAAGAGUGACCAGCAUCUAAUUUCUCCUUACAUUAUCACCCCUGGAUCAAAUAUUCAGGUCACAAGAAAAGAGAAAAUGAUCAUCAACUGAAGGAGCUCUUGAUUGUUAAACAAAUUCUCCUCAUUAGCACCUAAGGAAAUGUAUAGAGAACAGUAUGGAGAAUAUGCAUUCUGAUGUUGGGGGUAUAAAGGGUUGAAGCAUGAAGAUACUUAAGG